GCAUUAAAGGUCAAGGAAGAAUAGUAUAGUAAGAUUUGUUAACUGAAAUAAUGUCUACCAAAAAUCAAGAUGUUUUUCAUUAAAUAGCAUAGCGCAUUGUUUACUGUAACCUUAAAACUUUCCUUAACCGUGAUACAUCGACUAUCUCCGGUACCUCCGUAAGACAGUCCAAAGUGCAUAUAUUUAUAGAUCUUUCUAUACCAAUAUAGACCUACUCUCAAGCCGUCAAGGUUUAAUUAAUACGGUUUAGUCCAACAUGCCGACCUUAGGAUAUUGGAAAAUUCGAGGGCUGGCGGCUCCUAUUCGUUUGCUGCUGACGUAUGCGGGGGAGGAGUUUGAAGAUGUCCAGUAUGAGGUCACAGACGGACCGGAAUUCAGCCGCGCAGCAUGGUUUGAUGUGAAGCCUUCAUUUACCGACGUUCUUUCAUUUCCGAACCUGCCCUAUUAUAUCGACGGAGACGUGAAGAUCACCCAGAGCAACGCCAUUCUGCGCACGAUCGCCCGGAAACACAACUUGGACGGGGAGAGUGUGCAGGAGAAAGCGGAAGUGGACAUGAUGCUGGACCAGGCUAUGGACCUCAGGAACGGCGUGGUUCGCCUCUGUUACAACCCCGACUAUGAAAACCUGAAGGGCGAUUAUUUCAAGAACCUCAAAGGAUCACUGGAGCUGUUUGAAAAGCGUCUGGACGGCAGAAACUGGUUCGGGGGAAACAAGGUCACAGUCGCAGAUUUCCCGAUGUACGAGCUUCUAGAUCAGCACAUUCGCAUGAAGUCAGACAGCCUGGAUUCCUACUCAAGACUGAAAGAUUUCCUGGUCCGCUUUGCCCAGCUACCUAAAGUAAAGGAGUAUCUAGCGACGGAUAACGUGAAAAAUCUGCCAAUCAACAACAAAAUGGCUGGCUUCAAGUGAAUAGACCCUCAGUAUAAAGAACAGAACAGAAUAUAAUUGUAUUACACAUAAACUUUACAGUUUCUACUGUUUGACAAAAUAGCAAAACAAAAUACAUGAAUAAAGUUAGCGGAUUAAGCAGAAAUGUUAUGAAAUAGUUAUGGAUGAACUUAACAGAUAAUUGAACAAAACUCGUUAUAUCGCAUGUUAACAGAGUAUCUAGCUAUAUUAAGCAUGACCGAGCAGCGAUUGUUGUACAUAUACCGGCAGUUGUUGGAAUUUUCCUGAUUUUAAAAGUUUGUUUGUUGUUGCUUUGUUGAAGGAGGCAAUACAUUAAUAUUGAUUUUAUUAAAUUAAUCAUUAAAUAAAUAAAUCAUUUCUUCCUA